GAUUCCACCGUUAUAAAAUCUCCUACACCAACAAAAAAACGGACCAAAACAUGCACCCGAACUUUAGCGGCACCAACACUAGUAACUGUCAGAAAUCCCAAAACUCUUUGUCCAAUUGUUCUCGAAUAUUCUAUUCAUGCUGGACCAAAUAAAUUUAAUAGAGAAUUGAAAAAUGUAUUUCCACAAAUCGCUGAACCUGAUAAGUGUCUCUUUGUUGAAUGGGGUAAAGAAGUUUGUCAAAAAUUAAGGGAUCUUGGGUAUUGGUCUGAUCUCACUGAUCCUGCUUCAGGAUAUCCUAUUUUUUCCGAUCCCGGACCAUCAACCUAUCCAGACAUUCAAGGUGCCGAACAACUUUUAAAAUAUGAUAUUUAUAAUGCGGGGUGUUGUCAUAUUUUACUACACCCAAAAUGGGGUAGUAAAGUCUAUCCUGGGACUUUAUUUACUACUGCUAAUGAAAAUUGCAUUAAACAAGUUAUUAAUGAGAGUGUUUUAAAGUUUCAUAAUUCACUUUAUGAAGAAGAUAAUGAAACUUUAGGAACUAAUUAG